CCCAUGGUUGAUGAUGGAGGAGACAGGUCCUCGUAUAGCAGACUACUUUGUGGUAGCGGGGCUCACUGACUCCUCCAAGCCCUUAGAGGAGGAGCUGCAGCUGGAUGAUGUUCCUGGUCGCUUCCCCCGCUCGGCCCCUGGUGGUCGGCCCCUGGCCCCCAUCACAGACGUAGCUGUGGUCAUACGCUCCCUGGGGGAAGAGGUACAGUAGUACAGUACUAGUUUAGAUUUUAACUUUUUUAAGGUAAAACUAUUCUGGUAACUUUCCCCAAAUUCCCAGGUUUUCCAGAAAUCCGGGUUGGGGUGAUUUCUGGAUUUUCUACUUACUUAUCCACUCCUGAUUCUGGGAUCUUCCAACAAGGAUUUCUGGAAAUUCUGGGAAUUUUGGGAAAGUUACCCACGUUUUUCAACCCUAACUUUCAGCCUUCUUAAAGCAUUUGUAAAGUUGUUUUUAAUGUACAGAGCUUUGUGAUUUCUGAAUUUAAUAAAAUGGUGUACCCCAAGGUUCUAUUCCGGGUCCUGUGCUUUUCAACAAAACAGUAUCUGUGCUGAGGAUCAUUUGUCAUUUAGCAGACACUUUUUUUUAAAAUCUAGAGCGACUUACAGUGUGCAUACAUUUUAUUAUAUGGCGGCCACAGCGGGAAUUGAACCCUCAAUCCUUGGCAUUGCAAGUGCCAUGCCCAUAUACCCUGUACCUGCACUAUGAAUGUAUUGUUCUGAUGUUUUGUCUUUGUGUAUAAUUAUUCCUAGGUUCCUCAGGCGUACACCUGCCUGGAGUCUACCCCUUCUGGUCUGUCUGCAGAGCUGAACGGAGCCAGUCUCAGAGGGCCUCAGAUCUACCUCUGCUACAAGAGAGGGCGGGAUAAACCUCCUCUCACUGAUCUGGGGUCUGUCAUCUCCUGCUACUCAUAACACUACACUACUCCUUACCUUUAUUCAUGCUGGUUUAGGAACCGUUCUUAAAUGGUCCCUCACAGCAACACUACGCUAAUCCCUGUCUGCAUCCCCAAAAUAGCACCCCUUAUGCAGCCUAAUCCCCCUGUUCCUUCUAAUACUGACCUGAAAUCAGUUCUUAUUCUGUUAUUCACAGCACAACACUAAUCCCCCUUUUCUAGAAGAUCUGGUCUAGGAUCAGUACUUAAACUGUCACACACACCACUACACUAAUCCUAUAGCAGCCUCCUAGGACGGGUCUAGGAUCAUUUCACUGACUCACACCACUACACUAAUCCUAUAGCAGCCUCCUAGGACGGGUCUAGGAUCAUUUCACUGACUCACACCACUACACUAAUCCAUAGUUUUCUUCUAGGACUGAACUAGGAACAGCUACUUGCCCAUCACUCACACCACUACACUAAUGCCCUUUUCCUAGGACUGGUUUAGGAACAGUGCUUAUCCUGUCACUUACCCAAAACACACGCUACAGCAAUCAAUCGCCUAUUCCUUUAGAUCUGACCUAGGACCAGUUCUUCCCCGGUCACUGGCCUAUAUCUCACACAACAAACCCUCAUCCCGUCUCCUAGCGCUGACCUAAGGUCAGUAAUUACACGUUCUUGGGUCAGUAGUCCAGUAAUCUUCUUUCACUGUCUAUUGAACAUGACUUACCAUAAUCAAGGCUUUAUCCCAACUUUGUUUCUACGUACUCAGGUCUUAGGAGUGAGUUACGUCAUUUAGUUACAUUCAGUUACAUCAUUUGUCUAUUAUUGUUUCAAAGGAAAACAACACCUUGUGGGAAUUGUUGACUGUGUAAACACACUAAAAGCCUUUUCCCAUUAUCACGCCGACCCCAACUGUACAGCGCUAUCUCUAUCAUCCUGACCCCAACUGUACAGUGCUAUCUCUAUCACGCAGACCCCAACUGUACAGCGCUAUCUCUAUCAUGCCGACCCAACCCCAACUGUACAGCGCUAUCUCUAUCAUCCUGACCCCAACUGUACAGCGCUAUCUCUAUCAUGCCGACCCAACCCCAACUGUACAGCGCUAUCUCUAUCAUGCUGACCCCAACUGUACAGUGCUAUCUCUAUCAUGCCGACCCAACUCCAACUGUACAGCGCUAUCUCUAUCAUGCUGACCCCAACUGUACAGUGCUAUCUCUAUCAUGCCGACCCCAACUGUACAGCGCUAUCUCUAUCAUGCCGACCCAACCCCAACUGUACAGUGCUAUCUCUAUCAUGCUGACCCAACCCCAACUGUACAGCGCUAUCUCUAUCAUGCCGACCCAACCCCAACUGUACAGUGCUAUCUCUAUCAUGCCGACCCAACCCCAACUGUACAGUGCUAUCUCUAUCAUGCAGACCCCAACUGUACAGCGCUAUCUCUAUCAUGCCGACUCCAACUAUACAGUGCUAUCUCUAUCAUGCCGACCCCAACUGUACAGUGCUAUCUCUAUCAUGCUGACCCCAACUGUACAGUGCUAUCUCUAUCAUGCCGACCCAACCCCAACUGUACAGUGCUAUCUCUAUCAUGCUGACCCCAACUGUACAGUGCUAUCUCUAUCAUGCCGACUCCAACUAUACAGCGCUAUCUCUAUCAUGCCGACCCAACUCCAACUGUACAGUGCUAUCUCUAUCAUGCCGACCCCAACUGUACAGUGCUAUCUCUAUCAUAACGACCCCAACUGUACAGUGCUAUCUCUAUCAUGCCGACCCCAACUAUACAGCGCUAUCUCUAUCAUGCCGACCCAACUCCAACUAUACAGCGCUAUCUCUAUCAUGCCGACCCAACUCCAACUAUACAGUGCUAUCUCUAUCAUGCCGACCCAACCCCAACUGUACAGUGCUAUCUCUAUCAUGCCGACCCCAACUGUACAGUGCUAUCUCUAUCAUGCUGACCCCAACUGUACAGCGCUAUCUCUAUCAUGCUGACCCCAACUGUACAGUGCUAUCUCUAUCAUGCCGACCCAACCCCAACUGUACAGUGCUAUCUCUAUCAUGCUGACCCCAACUGUACAGUGCUAUCUCUAUCAUGCCGACUCCAACUAUACAGCGCUAUCUCUAUCAUGCCGACCCAACUCCAACUAUACAGUGCUAUCUCUAUCAUGCCGACCCCAACUGUACAGCGCUAUCUCUAUCAUGCCGACCCCAACUGUACAGUGCUAUCUCUAUCAUGCUGACCCCAACUGUACAGCGCUAUCUCUAUCAUGCCGACCCCAACUGUACAGCGCUAUCUCUAUCAUGCCGACCCAACCCCAACUGUACAGCGCUAUCUCUAUCACGCAGACCCCAACUGUACAGCGCUAUCUCUAUCAUGCCGACCCAACUCCAACUAUACAGUGCUAUCUCUAUCAUGCCGACCCCAACUGUACAGUGCUAUCUCUAUCAUGCCGACCCAACCCCAACUGUACAGCGCUAUCUCUAUCAUGCCGACCCAACUCCAACUAUACAGUGCUAUCUCUAUCAUGCCGACCCCAACUGUACAGCGCUAUCUCUAUCAUGCUGACCCAACCCCAACUGUACAGCGCUAUCUCUAUCAUGCCGACCCAACUCCAACUAUACAGUGCUAUCUCUAUCAUGCUGACCCCAACUGUACAGCGCUAUCUCUAUCAUGCCGACUCCAACUAUACAGUGCUAUCUCUAUCAUGCUGACCCCAACUGUACAGUGCUAUCUCUAUCAUGCCGACCCCAACUGUACAGUGCUAUCUCUAUCAUGCCGACCCAACCCCAACUGUACAGUGCUAUCUAUCAUGCUGACCCCAACUGUACAGUGCUAUCUCUAUCAUGCCGACCCCAACUGUACAGUGCUAUCUCUAUCAUGCCGACCCAACUCCAACUGUACAGUGCUAUCUCUAUCAUGCCGACCCCAACUGUACAGCGCUAUCUCUAUCAUGCCGACCCCAACUGUACAGUGCUAUCUCUAUCAUGCUGAUCCCAACUGUACAGUGCUAUCUCUAUCAUGCUGACCCCAACUGUACAGCGCUAUCUCUAUCAUCCUGACCCCAACUAUACAGCGCUAUCUCUAUCAUGCCGACCCAACUCCAACUAUACAGUGCUAUCUCUAUCAUGCCGACCCAACCCCAACUGUACAGUGCUAUCUCUAUCAUGCCGACCCCAACUGUACAGUGCUAUCUCUAUCAUGCUGACCCCAACUGUACAGCGCUAUCUCUAUCAUGCUGACCCCAACUGUACAGUGCUAUCUCUAUCAUGCCGACCCAACCCCAACUGUACAGUGCUAUCUCUAUCAUGCUGACCCCAACUGUACAGUGCUAUCUCUAUCAUGCCGACUCCAACUAUACAGCGCUAUCUCUAUCAUGCCGACCCAACUCCAACUAUACAGUGCUAUCUCUAUCAUGCCGACCCCAACUGUACAGCGCUAUCUCUAUCAUGCCGACCCCAACUGUACAGUGCUAUCUCUAUCAUGCUGACCCCAACUGUACAGCGCUAUCUCUAUCAUGCCGACCCCAACUGUACAGCGCUAUCUCUAUCAUGCCGACCCAACCCCAACUGUACAGCGCUAUCUCUAUCACGCAGACCCCAACUGUACAGCGCUAUCUCUAUCAUGCCGACCCAACUCCAACUAUACAGUGCUAUCUCUAUCAUGCCGACCCCAACUGUACAGUGCUAUCUCUAUCAUGCCGACCCAACCCCAACUGUACAGCGCUAUCUCUAUCAUGCCGACCCAACUCCAACUAUACAGUGCUAUCUCUAUCAUGCCGACCCCAACUGUACAGCGCUAUCUCUAUCAUGCUGACCCAACCCCAACUGUACAGCGCUAUCUCUAUCAUGCCGACCCAACUCCAACUAUACAGUGCUAUCUCUAUCAUGCUGACCCCAACUGUACAGCGCUAUCUCUAUCAUGCCGACUCCAACUAUACAGUGCUAUCUCUAUCAUGCUGACCCCAACUGUACAGUGCUAUCUCUAUCAUGCCGACCCCAACUGUACAGUGCUAUCUCUAUCAUGCCGACCCAACCCCAACUGUACAGUGCUAUCUAUCAUGCUGACCCCAACUGUACAGUGCUAUCUCUAUCAUGCCGACCCCAACUGUACAGUGCUAUCUCUAUCAUGCCGACCCAACUCCAACUGUACAGUGCUAUCUCUAUCAUGCCGACCCCAACUGUACAGCGCUAUCUCUAUCAUGCCGACCCCAACUGUACAGUGCUAUCUCUAUCAUGCUGAUCCCAACUGUACAGUGCUAUCUCUAUCAUGCUGACCCCAACUGUACAGCGCUAUCUCUAUCAUCCUGACCCCAACUCUACAGUGCUAUCUCUAUCAUGCCGACCCAACCCCAACUGUACAGUGCUAUCUCUAUCAUGCCGACCCCAACUGUACAGCGCUAUCUCUAUCAUGCCGACCCAACCCCAACUGUACAGCGCUAUCUCUAUCAUGCCGACCCAACUCCAACUGUACAGCGCUAUCUCUAUCAUGCCGACCCAACUCCAACUGUACAGUGCUAUCUCUAUCAUGCCGACCCCAACUGUACAGUGCUAUCUCUAUCAUGCCGACCCAACCCCAACUGUACAGUGCUAUCUAUCAUCCUGACCCCAACUGUACAGUGCUGGCUCUAUCAUGCAGACCCCACCUGUACAGUGCUAUCUCUUUCAUGCUGACCCCAACUGUACAGUGCUAUCUCUAUCAUGCCGAUCCCAACUGUACAGUGCUAUCUCUAUCAUGCUGAUCCCAACUGUACAGUGCUAUCUCUAUCAUGCUGACCCCAACUGUACAGUGCUAUCUCUAUCAUGCUGAUCCCAACUGUACAGUGCUAUCUCUAUCAUGCUGACCCCAACUGUACAGUGCUAUCUCUAUCAUGCCGACCCCAACUGUACAGCGCUAUCUCUAUCAUGCCGACCCAACCCCAACUGUACAGUGCUAUCUCUAUCAUAACGACCCCAACUGUACAGUGCUAUCUCUAUCAUGCUGACCCCAACUGUACAGCGCUAUCUCUAUCAUGCCGACCCAACCCCAACUGUACAGUGCUAUCUCUAUCAUGCCGACCCCAACUGUACAGUGCUGGCUCUAUCAUGCUGACCCCAACUGUACAGUGCUAUCUCUAUCAUGCUGACCCCAACUGUACAGUGCUAUCUCUAUCAUGCCGACCCCAACUGUACAUAGCUAUCUCUAUCAUGCUGACCCCAACUGUACAGUGUUAUCUCUAUCAUGCUGACCCCAACUGUACAGCGCUAUCUCUAUCACGCCGACCCCAACUGUACAGUGCUAUCUCUAUCAUGCCGACCCCAACUGUACAGUGCUAUCUCUAUCAUGCUGACCCCAACUGUACAGUGCUAUCUCUAUCAUGCUGACCCCAACUGUACAGUGAUAUCUCUAUCAUGCUGACCCCAACUGUACAGUGCUGGCUCUAUCAUGCAGACCCCAACUGUACAGUGCUAUCUCUAUCAUGCAGACCCCAACUGUACAGUGAUAUCUCUAUCAUGCUGAUCCCAACUGUACAGUGCUAUCUCUAUCAUGCUGACCCCAACUGUACAGUGCUAUCUCUAUCAUGCUGACCCCAACUGUACAGUGAUAUCUCUAUCAUGCUGACCCCAACUGUACAGUGCUGGCUCUAUCAUGCAGACCCCAACUGUACAGUGCUAUCUCUAUCAUGCAGACCCCAACUGUACAGUGAUAUCUCUAUCAUGCUGACCCCAACUGUACAGUGCUGGCUCUAUCAUGCUGACCCCAACUGUACAGUGCUAUCUCUAUCAUGCUGACCCCAACUGUACAGUGCUGGCUCUAUCAUGCUGACCCCAACUGUACAGUGCUAUCUCUAUCAUCCUGACCCCAACUGUACAGUGCUAUCUAUAUCAUCCUGACCCCAACUGUACAGUGCUAUCUCUAUCAUGCCGACCCCAAAUAUACAGUGCUAUCUCUAUCAUCCUGACCCCAACUGUACAGUGCUAUCUCUAUCAUCCUGACCCCAACUGUACAGUGCUAUCUCUAUCAUGCUGACCCCAACUGUACAGUGUUAUCUCUAUCAUGCUGACCCCAACUGUACAGUGUUAUCUCUAUCAUGCUGACCCCAACUGUACAGUGCUAUCUCUAUCAUUCUGACCCCAACUGUACAGCGCUAUCUCUAUCAUGCUGACCCCAACUGUACAGUGCUGGCUCUAUCAUGCUGACCCCAACUGUACAGUGCUAUCUCUAUCAUGCUGACCCAACCCCAACUGUACAGUGCUGGCUUUAUCAUGCUGACCCCAACUGUACAGUGCUAUCUCUAUCAUGCUGACCCCAACUGUACAGUGCUAUCUCUAUAAUCCUGACCCCAACUGUACAGUGUUGGCUCUAUCAUGCUGACCCCAACUGUACAGUGCUAUCUCUAUCAUGCUGACCCCAACUGUACAGUGCUACCUCUAUCAUGCUGACCCCAACUGUACAGUGCUAUCUCUAUCAUGCCGACCCAACCCCAACUGUACAGUGCUGGCUCGAUCAUGCUGACCCCAACUGUACAGUGCUUUCUCUAUCAUGCCGACCCCAACUGUACAGUGCUAUCUCUAUCAUGCUGACCCAAACUGUACAGCACUAUCUCUAUCAUGCCAACUCCAACUGUACUGUGCUAUCUCUAUCAUCCUGACCCCAACUGUACAGUGCUAUCUCUAUCAUGCCUACCCCAACUGUAUAUUGCUAUCUCUAUCAUGCUGACCCCAACUGUACAGUGCUAUCUCUAUCAUCCUGACCCCAACUGUACAGUGCUAUCUCUAUCAUGCAGACCCCAACUGUACAGUGCUAUCUCUAUCACCCUGACCCCAAAUGUACAGUGCUAUCUCUAUCAUGCAGACCCCAACUGUACAGUGCUAUCUCUCUCAUCCUGACCCCAACUGUACAGUGCUAUCUCUAUCAUCCUGACCCCAAAUGUACAGUGCUAUCUCUAUCAUGCCGACCCAACCCCAACUGUACAGUGUUAUCUCUAUCAUGCUGACCCCAACUGUACAGUGCUAUCUCUAUCAUGCAGACCCCAACUGUACAGUGCUAUCUCUAUCAUCCUGACCCCAAAUGUACAGUGCCAUCUCUAUCAUGCAGACCCCAACUGUACAGUGCUAUCUCUAUCAUGCCGACCCAACCCCAACUGUACAGUGUUAUCGCUAUCAUGCUGACCCCAACUGUACAGUGCUAUCUGCCUCCCGAGUGGCGCAGUGGUCUAAGGCACUGCAUCGCAGUGCUAGCUGUGCCACUAGAGAUCCUGGUUUGAAUCCAGGCUCUGUCGUAGCCGGCCGCGACCGGGAGACCCAUGGGGCGGCGCACAAUUGGCCCAGCGUCGUCCAGGGUAGGGGAGGGAAUGGCCGGCAGGGAUGUAGCUCAGUUGAUAGAGCAUGGCGUUUGCAACGCCAGGGUUCUGGGUUCGAUUCCCACAGGGGGUAUGAAAAAAAAAAAAUAUAUGCACUAACUGUAAGUCGCUCUGGAUAAGAGCGUCUGCUAAAUGACUAAAAUGUAUAUGUAAAUGUCUAUCUCUAUCAUGUUGACCCCAACUGUACAGUGCUAUCUCUAUCAUGCCGACCCCAACUGUACAGUGCUGGCUCAGAUAUUUUAUUUCCAGAAAGAAUGGCUGUGUCCCAAUCCGAAGGCAGCAUCCAAUGACUGUGUCCCAAUCCAAAGGCAGCAUCCAAUGACUGUGUCCCAAUCCAAAGGCAGCAUCCAAUGGUGUAUGAGUGACCAGGCCAGUGCAAUACAGCUUGGCCUGGCUUGGCUCAGCUGUGUAUUGUGAAUCAGUCCUAACAUUUCCUCCUCUGUCCUCUCUGUGUAUCUCAGGGUUCUGUAUGAGUGGAAGGAGAAGCUGAAGCCUGGCUGUCACAUCGUCCAGACCACGCCCUCUGGUCGCCCUGCCAACAUCAGUAGCUCCUCCUCCCAGCGCAUCUACAUCACCUAUCGCCGCGCCCCGCAGAGCCAGCCUCACACGUCAUUGGCUGUCACAGAUGUCUGCAUCAUCAUCCCGGGCAAAGGGGAGACGCCCCCUCACACCUUCUGCAAGGUGGACAAGAACCUCAACAGCAGUAUGGUGAGCCAAAUCAACCCAUACAAUACUAUACAAUACUAUACAGUACUAUACAAUACUAUACAAUACUAUACAAUACUAUACUAUACUAUACAGUACUAUACAAUACAAUACUGUACAAUACUGUACAAUACUGUACAAUACUAUACAAUACAGUACAAUACUAUACAAUGCUAUACAAUACAGUACAAUACAGUACAAUACAGUACAAUACAGUACAAUACUAUACAAUACUAUACAAUACAAUACUGUACAAUACAAUACAAUAUCAUACAAUGCAGUACAAUACUAUACAAUGCAGUACAAUACUAUACAAUACAAUACUAUACAAUACAAUACAAUACAAUACAAUACAAUACAAUACAAUACUAUACAAUACUAUACAAUACAAUACAAUACAAUACAAUACAAUACUAUACUAUACAAUACUAUACAAUACUAUACAAUACAAUAUUCAUCUCCCAGUGUCUGUUGGUGUCACGAUCGUUGGUUAGAGAUGAGGACCAAGGCGCAGCGUUGCAGGCCAACAUACUCUUUAUUAGGCGAUAUAUUGACAAAAUAAACAAAACGAUAACGUGACAGUUCACGGUCUAACACAAACCAAACUAGAAACAAGAUCCCACAACUACUGUGGGAAAACAGCCUGUUUAAAUGUGGUUCCCAAUCAGAGACAACCAGCCACAGCUGACACUCGUUGCCUCUGAUUGAGAACCACACUGGCCAACAUAGAAAUGAACCAACUAGAACUACAACACAAAUCUACACACCCUGGCUCAACAUAACAGUGUCCCCAGAGCCAGGGCGUGACAGUACCCCCCCCUAAAGGCGCGGACUCCGACCGCGUCAACUAAAUACCACAGGGGAGGGACCGGGUGGGCACUCCGCCUUGGCGGCGGAUCCGGCUCCGGGCCUGAUCCCCACUCCCUCUCCAACCCCCCAAAGUACCCCUGGUCCGGUCUGGCCCCGCUGACCGGAGCUGGACUACACACUGGUGGAGCGGAUUGCUCUAGCUCCGGCGUGAAGCAGCUGACCGGUGCCGGACCAGGCACCGGUGGAACAGGCACGGGCCGUGCCGGACUGACGACGCACACCACUGGCUUGGUGUGGGGAGCAGGAGCGGACCGGACCGGGCUGGCGACGCACACCACUGGCUUGGUGUGGGGAACAGGCACGGGCCGUGCCGGACUGACGACACACACCACUGGCUUGGUGUGGGGAGCAGGAGCGGGCCGGACCGGGCUGGCGACGCACACCACUGGCUUGGUGUGGGGAACAGGCACGGGCCGUGCCGUACUGACGACGCACACCACUGGCUUGGUGCGAGGAACAGGAACAGGCCGGACCGUACUGGGGACACACACCACUGGCCCUAUGCAGGGAUCAGGAACGGGCCGGACCGGACUGGUAACACACCCCAGUACCUCUCGCCGUGCCUCUACACCUUCCUUCCCCUCUUCGACCAGUGGCCCCCGUAACCUGGCGGCCUCCUCUGCCAACCCACUGGGCUGCUCUGUCGCGGUCUCCUGCUGCCCCGUCGUCCACGGCGUUAGCCCCCCCCUAAAAAUUUUAUGGGCUUCACUCCUACCCGUGGACCCGGUCUCCAUAUCUCUCGCCAGCCUUUCGCCCUUCUGCUUCCAAGUCAAGCCCCUCUCUUCCUCACAUGGCUUGACCCAGUCGAGGAGGCGAAGGAGAUCCGCUAGAGAUCUCUCAGGCGCUGGCUCCUGGACUUGCUGCUUGGUCCAGUCUUGGUGGGAUCUUCUGUCACGAUCGUUGGUUAGAGAUGAGGACCAAGGCGCAGCGUUGCAGGCAAACAUACUCUUUAUUAGGCGAUAUAUUGACAAAAUAAACAAAACGAUAACGUGACAGUUCACGGUCUAACACAAACCAAACUAGAAACAAGAUCCCACAACUACUGUGGGAAAACAGCCUGUUUAAAUGUGGUUCCCAAUCAGAGACAACCAGCCACAGCUGACACUCGUUGCCUCUGAUUGAGAACCACACUGGCCAACAUAGAAAUGAACCAACUAGAACUACAACACAAAUCUACACACCCUGGCUCAACAUAACAGUGUCCCCAGAGCCAGGGCGUGACAGUUGGAAAGCAGACAACCAGAUUUUCAUCUAGGAUGCUCUAUUCCAUUUAUCUUUUCUCUUUCUUUCCCCUUAGAGCCUCAUUACAAACUAAAUGCAUAUUUGGGAAUAUUUUUAUUCUGUAAACGCUUCCUACUUUUCACUCUGUCGUUUAAUUUAGUAUUGUGGAGUAACUACAAUGUUGUUGAUCCAUCCUCAGUUUUCUCCUAUCACAACCAUUAAACUAUGGAACUGUUUUAAAGUCACCAUUGGCUUCAUGGUGAAAUCCCUGAGCAGUUUCCUUCCUCUCCGGCAACUGAGUUAGGAAGGACGCCUGUAUCUUUGUAGUGACUGGGUGUAUUGAUACUCCAUUCAAAGUGUAAUUAAUUACUUCACCAUGCUCAAAGGGAUAGUCAAUGUCUGCUUUUUUUUUUUUUUUACCCAUCUACCAAUAGCUGCCCUUCUUUGCGAGGCAUUGGAAAACCUCCCUGGUCUUUGUGGUUGAAUCUGUGUUUGAAAUUCACUUCUCGACUGAGGGUCCUUACAAAUAAUUGUAUGUGUGGGGUACAGAGAUGAUGUAGUCAUUCAAAAAGUAUGUUAAACACUGUUAUUGCACACAGAGUGAAUCCAUGUGACUUGUUAAGCACAUUUUUACUCCUGAACAUACACUACAUGACCAGAAGUAUGUGGACACCUGCUCGUCAAACAUCUCAUUCCAAAAUCCUGGGCAUUAAUAUGGAGUUGGUCCCCCCUUUGCUGCUAUAACAGCCUCCACUCUUCUGGGAAGGCUUUCCACUAGAUGUUGGAACAUUGCUGCAGGGACUUGCUUCCAUUCAGCCAGAAGAGCAUUAGUGAGGUCGGGCACUGAUGUUGGGCGAUUAGGCCUGGCUCGCAGUUGGUGUUCCAAUUCAUCCCAAAGGUGUUCGAUGCGGUUGAGGUCAGGGCACUAUGCAGGCCAGUCAAGUUCUUCCACACCGAUCUCGACAAACCAUUUCUGUAUGGACCUCGCUUUCUGCACAGGGGCAGUGUCAUGCUGAAACAGGAAAGGGCAUUCCCCAAACUGUUGCCACGAAGUUGUGAAGCACAGAAUCGCCUAGAAUGUAAUUAUAUGCUGGAGCGUUAAGAUUUCCCUUCACUGGAACUAAAGGGCCUAGCCCGAGCCAUGAAAAACAGCCCCAGACCACUAUUCCUUUUCCACCAAACUUUAAGUUGGCACUAUGAAUUGGGUGUUUUCCUGGCAUCCGCCAAACCCAGAUUCGUCCGUCGGACUGCCAGAUGGUGAAGCGUGAUUCAUCACUCCAGAGAACGCCUUUCCACUUCUCCAGAGUCCAAUGGCGGCGAGCUUUACACCACUCCAGCCGACGCUUGGCAUUGCACAUGGUGAUCUUAGGCUUGUGUGCGGCUGCUCGGCCAUGGAAACCCAUUUCAUGAAUCUCCCGACGAACAGUUAUUGUGCUGACGUUGCUUCCAGAGGCAGUUUGGAACUCGAUAGUGAGUGUUGCAACUGAGGACAGAGGACUUUUACGCGCUACGCGCUUCAGCACUCAGCGGUCCCGUUCUGUGAGCUUGUGUGGCCUACCACUUUUCGGCUGAGCCGUUGUUUCUCCUAGACGUUUCCACUUCACAAUAACAGCACUUACAGUUGACCGGGGGCAGCUUUAGCAGGGCAGAAAUGUGACGAACUGACUUGUUGGAAAGAUUGCAUCCUAUGACGGCGCCACGUUGAACGUCACUGGGCUCUUCAGUAAGGCCAUUCUGCUGCCAAUGUUUGUCUAUGGAGAUUGCAUGGCUGUGUGCUCGAUUUCAUACACCUGUCAGCAACAGGUGUGGCUGAAAUAGCCGAAUCCACUCAUUUGAAGGGGAGUCCAUUUACUUUUGUGUGUAUAGUGUAUUUAGGCGUAAUUCCACUAUUACACUAUGAGGGUAUCGUGUGUCGGCCAGUGACACAACAUCUCAAUUUAAUCAAUUUUAAAUUCAGGCUGUAACACAACAAAAUGUGGAAAAAGUCAAGGGGUGUGAAUACUUUCUGAAGGCGCUGCAGAGUUAUCUAGAGUCCUGUCCUUGUACGUCAAGCUGUCUCACGCUACAGAAACAGGAGAUAGGCGCCUGCCCUAUGGGCCAUUCUGGCUCGGACAAGGCUUACUUACGAGGACUUGACAAGUGGUGUCCCCCACAGGUUCGACUCCAGGGUCCUAAUGCUUUUCACCAAAUACAGCGUCCUGGGGAACUACGCUGAGUGUACAAAACAUUAUGAACACCUUCGUAAUAUUGCGUUCCACCCCCUUUUGCCCUCAGAACAGCCUCAAUUCGUCGGGGCAUUGGACUCUACAAGGUGUCGAAAGCGUUCCACAGGGAUGCUGGCCCAUGUUGACUCCAGUGCUUCCCUCAGUGUCAAGUUGGCUGGAUGUCCUUUUGGGGGGGGGGGUGGACUAUUCUUGAUACACACGGGGAAACUGUUGAGUGUGAAAAUCUCAGCAGCGUUGCAGCUCUUGACACAAACCGUUGCGCCUGGCACCUACUACCAUACCCCGUUCAAAGGCACUUACAUCUUUUGUCUUGACCAUUCACCCUCUGAAUGGCACACAUACACAAUCCAUGACUCAAUUAUCUCAAGGCUUAAAAAGCCUUAUUUAACCUGUCUCCUCCCCUUCAUCUACACUGAUUGAAGUGGAUUUAACAGGUGACAUCAAUAAGGGAUCAUAGCUUUCACCUGGAUUCACCUGGCCAGUCUAUGUCAUGGAAAGAGCAGGUGUUCCUAAUGUUUUGUCUACUCAGUGUAUAUAUUUUCUACCUACUCUAGUAGAAUGCAUUGGUCCCAUUUCAAUCUAAUGUUGUGAAUGUUUGUUUGUCCCAUGUCAGUGGGGAUCCUCAGUGUACCUGUGUUACAAGAAGUCACUGGCUAAAACCAACACAAUCGCAUACAACGCAGGUAAAGUACUUGGAUUCUCUAUUGAACAGACAGUGUGAUAGGACAGAAUAUUGAACGGACAGUGUGAUAGGACAGAAUAUUGAACGGACAGUGUGAUAGGACAGAAUAUUGAACGGACAGUGUGAUAGGACAGAAUAUUGAACGGACAGUGUGAUAGGACAGAAUAUUGAACGGACAGUGUGAUAGGACAGAAUAUUGAACGGACAGUGUGAUAGGACAGAAUAUUGAACGGACAGUGUGAUAGGACAGAAUUGAACGGACAGUGUGAUAGGACAGAAUAUUGAACGGACAGUGUGAUAGGACAGAAUAUUGAACGGACAGUGUGAUAGGACAGAAUAUUGAACGGACAGUGUGAUAGGACAGAAUAUUGAACGGACAGUGUGAUAGGACAGAAUAUUGAACGGACAGUGUGAUAGGACAGAAUAUUGAACGGACAGUGGUGAUAGGACAGAAUAUUGAACGGACAGUGUGAUAGGACAGAAUAUUGAACGGACAGUGUGAUAGGACAGAAUAUUGAACGGACAGUGUGAUAGGACAGAAUAUUGAACGGACAGUGUGAUAGGACCAGAAUAUUGAACGGACAGUGUGAUAGGACAGAAUAUUGAACGGACAGUGUGAUAGGACAGAAUAUUGAACGGACAGUGUGAUAGGACAGAAUAUUGAACGUGUUACUACUGUAUCAUUCUGAACAGACAGCUGUUGGUUAAUCAUGUUGGGUUGAAAAAUGUACAGACACUAUUUGACACUAUUGAACACUAUUGGACACUAUUGAACACUAUUGGACACUAUUGGACACUUUUGAACACUAUUGGACACUACUCCUGAGUGGCGCAGUGGUCCAAGGCACUGCAUCGCAGUGCUAACUGUGCCACUAGAGAUCCUGGUUCGAAUCCAGGCUCUGUCGCAGCCGGCCGCGACCGGGAGACUCAUGGGGCGGCGCACAAUUGGCCCAGUACCGUCCAGGGUAGGGGAGGGAAUGGCCGGCAGGGAUGUAGCUCAGUUGGUAGAGCAUGGCGUUUGCAACGCCAGGGUUGUGGGUUCGAUUCCUACGGGGGGCCAGUAUAAAAAAAAUUAAAUGUAUUCACUAACUGUAAGUCGCUCUGGAUAAGAGUGUCUGCUAAAUGACUAAAAUGUAAAUGUAAAUGUAUUGGAGACUACUGGACACUACUGGACACUCCAGCCCUAACCCUAAACACAAGGAUAAUCUAUUAGCAGUGGUAGUCCCGUGUAGCUCAGUUGAUAGAGCAUGGCGUUUGCAACGCCAGGGUUGUGGGUUCGUUUCCCACGGGGGGCCAGUAUGAAAAAAAUAAAAAAUAAAUUAUGCACUCACUAACUGUAAGUCGCUCUGGAUAAGAGUGUCUGCUAAAAUGUGAAAAAGUACCCAAUUGUCAUACUUGAGUAAAAGUAAAGAUACCUUAAUAGAAAAUGACUCAAGUGAAAGUCACCCAGUAAAAUACUACUUGAGUAAAAGUCUUUGAUACUAAUGUAUCAUCAUGUAAAAGUACAUUUAAUUGCUAAAAUAUACUUAAGUAUUAAAAGUAUAAAUAAUUUCAAAUUCCUUAAAUUAAGCAAAACAGACGGCGCCAUUUUCUCGUUACACUCAGACAUAAUUUACAAAGGAAGCAUUUGUUUGGUGAAUCCGCCAGAUAAGAGGCAGUAGGGAUGACCAGGGAUGUUCUCUUGAUAAGUGUGGGAAUUGGACCAUUUUCCUGUCCUGCUAAGCAUUCAAAAUGUAACGAGUACUUUUGGGUGUCAGGGAAAAUGUAUGGAGUAAAAAGUAUAUUAUUUUCUUUAGGAAUGUAGUGAAGUAAAAGUAAAAGUUGUCCAAAAUUUAAAUAGUAAAGUAAAGUACAGAUACCCCCAAAAAACUACUUAAGUAGUACUUUCAACUAUUUUUAUUUAAGUACUUUACACCACUGUCUAGUAGUGAUUGGAUAAGUGCUGUGAAGACAGUGUACUGCAGGCUUCUUCAAUUCUGGUCCUGGAGGGCCGAAAACACUUCUGUUUUUUAUUUCUACCUGGUAGUUAAUUGCACUCACCUGGUGUCCCAGGUCUGAAUUAGCCCCUGAUUAGAAGGAGAGGAUGAAAAACAGAGGUGUUUCGGCCCUCCAGGACCGGAAUUGAAGAACCCUGGUGUACUGUGUGCUUCUAUCAUGCAAAUCUAAUUAGAACAUAUUAUACCUGUUUUCUCUCUCUAGGUCUGUUGUGUAGGUACCCAGAGGAGGAUGAUGAGUCUUUCCCGCUGCCGGAGUCUGUUCCUCUGUUCUGUCUGCCCAUGGGAGCUAGCAUCGAGUUCUGGCCAGCUCACAGCAAACACUCCAUGCCCGUCUUCUCUACCUUUGUACUGACUGGGGCCUCUGGGGAC